CUUUACACAUCUCGUCACUAAAGUUAACAGCUUUGAUUCGGAAAAGCAUCUCUUCACUUCCCCGAAUAUGGCUCCGCCGGCAGCAGGUGAAACAGCGGCCGUCGUGGGCGGUGAUGCUCAGCCGCAGCAGCAGCAACGACAAGCAGGUGGUGGAUUUGGGCAGACGAUAACCGGAAUCAUUCGAAUCGCCGUCUUCUGCUACUUCGCUUCGAAGUUCUUCUCGCCGAAACAGAAACCUGUUGAUCCUUCUAAGCCUCCGCCUCAUCUCAUGUCCAAUCUCUUUCACAAAGGCGAGCCCUUGGAUAUGUGGUUUUAUCUAUCGGAGAAUGUUAAAUUCAAUGACUUUGGGAACGAUGGUAAGCUUGUUUGGCACGAGACGAACAUUCCUUGUGCUGUGUGGAAGCCUGAGAGCACUAGGACCUUGUCAAUGAAGUAUUAUCCAUCCGAGGCACUGAAGAAUAAUGGGAGUCUCUAUGCUCAUGUCUUCUUUGCUCGAUCUGGUUUUCCUAUUGAUCCUAACGAUCCUGAGUAUCAGCCUCUUAAUUGCUUUGGCAGGACACAUCCUGUUGCGACUUACUUGCCAAAGCGGAAAGCAGAUAAGAAGAAGAGUCUUUUGGGAAAUCCUAAAGACUCUGCUGAUUCCAGUGCAGAAGUUGAGGCUUCGCAGGAGGUUAAUGGUCGUGACUCGGAACUUAAGGAUGAGGGCCCUGUGGAAUGGAUAUCCUACUGGAAACCUAAUGUCACCAUUAACCUAGUCGAUGACUUUACUCGCUAUCCACAGCACGGUGUACCACCAAACAUUGCUCCUUACAUACAAGUAGAACCUACUACAGUAAACUACUACCCUAUAGUUUUCUUCAACGAGUUUUGGCUGCUAAGGGACAAGCUGAUUGCAAUCAACGAGACAGUCUCAGAGCUGCCACUUAACAUUGAAGUAAGCCCCAUAAGCAUGACAAAGUGGCAGCUAUUUGAGCAGAUUGAACAGUCUUUCCAGGUUCAUCGUAGCUACGGAAGCAUGCUUGAUGGUGAAUCUGACGAACUAAAGAGGGUGUUUUUGGAAGGCAACCCUUAUCUGUUGGGCAUCACAAUGUGUGUUUCGAUGCUGCAUUCUGUGUUUGACUUCCUUGCAUUCAAAAACGAUAUCCAGUUUUGGAACAAGAACAAAUCUAUGGAAGGACUGUCUGCAAAGUCUGUUGUACUCAACUUCAUCUGUCAGUUCAUCAUCUUCCUCUACCUGCUUGACAACGACACUUCAUGGAUGAUACUGGCUAGUUCUGGAGUUGGCGUCUGCAUUGAGUUCUGGAAAAUAGGGAAAGCCAUGCGCAUAGAGGUUGAUAGAAGUGGAAUGAUUCCAAGAUUGAGGUUCCACGAUCGUGAAUCCUAUGCGAGAAACAAAACCAAGGAGUAUGAUGAUAUUGCCAUUAAAUUCUUAUCCUAUGUGCUGCUCCUCCUUGUCGCUGGAUUCGCCAUAUAUUCACUAGCCUACGAACGCCACAAGAGCUGGUACUCAUGGAUACUAUCUUCACUAACGAGCUGCGUCUACAUGUUUGGUUUUAUAAUGAUGUGUCCUCAAUUGUUCAUCAACUAUAAGCUAAAGUCAGUAGCGCAUCUACCAUGGAGGCAGAUGACUUAUAAGUUCCUCAACACCAUCAUCGACGAUCUCUUUGCCUUUGUCAUCAAAAUGCCAAUGCUGCACCGUCUCUCUGUCUUCCGAGAUGAUGUAAUUUUCUUGAUAUACUUGUACCAGAGAUGGGUUUAUCCUGUGGACAAAACACGUGUCAACGAGUUUGGUUUUGGAGGUGAGGAUGAUUCUGCGGAUCCGAAGAAGAUCACUGACCAAGAAGAUGACAAGAAAACAAACUAAAAAUAAGCUUUUAUUUUUAUUUUUCCAAAUCAGUUUUAAUUUCUUUGUUUUUUUUUUUUUUUCCGUCAAAGUUUUUUUUUUAUAUUAAAUAAAUGGGCCAGGCCCAGACAAUGGCAGAAGCCCGCUUACAUAAAAAACUAUUACAAGCCCAAAAGAGAACGGGCAAAAGGCAAGGAUUAAACGGGCCCUCGGCCCAACUUAGAAACCGCACGACCCCGACCGCCAGCGCGUCGAGGAGACUGGCUCGCCACGUGUAGGGAUCUGCACCUUUCACGCGUCACGCGGCGUCACCGCCUCAACUUGACCGCUCCGCCAGAAAGCCGCCGGAAUAAACACCAUCGUCAUCCUCGUUCGUCGGAGCUCAGAAACCGGUAAGCCUCCAACGAACCCAUAGCCUCUCUUCACCGCCAUGUCAUCACGCCUGAGGGAUCCAUCGAAUCUCGAGAUCUCCUCCGACUUUACAUACUUCAAACCCUAGACACGCGAACGAGGAACCCUCUCUUUCUUUCCUUGAGAGUCGUCACCUCGCCGGAGAGCUUCAUCUUCUACCAGGUUCUCAACCACAGUGACCCAACCUCACCUUUGACGACAACCACACCAGACUUGAUACAAAUCGAACCUAAAAAACAACCUUUACCCAAAGAAACCCGGGUUCCUAAGCGGCAGCGCGGAGCUUUGCUAGCCUCCGCUCUCCGUAACCAGAAGCCGGCGAAGGCGAAUCUAACGGAGACUCCCUUCCC